UCCAGGUGCAAUGCAUCCUGCAAGUGGGACUCCGGCCACCAUAUAUCUUGUUAAACGACGUCGUUUUCGAAUCCUUGAUACGCCAUGGGAGACCUCGACCUCGCUUUCAUCCAAGCUCCAGAACACAGGCCCAACCUUCAGUCGGUCGCUGCGCGAAGCAUCCCUAUCAUCGAUCUCUCGCCGCUCGAGUUCUCAGACUCGCCGUCCGGCUUGGUUUCCGAAGUCGGCGAAGCCUGUCGUGAUUGGGGAUUUUUUCAGGUGAUCAACCACGGAGUGGAUUCCAGACUGCGACGGAGGGUGGAAUCAGCUGCGAGGAAAUUCUUCGCUCUGCCCAAGCAGGAGAAGACGAAGGUCAGCAGAGGCGACGGCAAUCCCUUCGGGUACUACGACAGGGAACACACGAAGAAUGUUAGGGAUUGGAAAGAGGUGUUCGAUUUUGCGGUACUCAAUCCAGUUGUGUUCCCAGCUUCACACGAACCGGAUGAUUUGGAGGUGAAAGAAUUGUUCAAUAGGUGGCCUGAUCAGAGCCUGCCAGAGCUAAGGGAGGCAUUUGAAAUGUACACCCCAGAAAUGGAGAAUCUUGCCUUCAAGUUAAUGGGGCUCAUAGCCUUGAGUUUAGGAUUACAAAAAGAUCGGUUUGACGAUUUUUUUAACGAUCAAACAACCAGGGUGAGGCUCAACUACUAUCCUCCAUGUCCUGCUCCUCAUCUCACGCUAGGCCUCGGCAGACACAAGGAUUCCGGCGCCUUAACCAUCCUCGCCCAAGAUGAUGUCUCUGGCCUUGAAGUGAAGAGGAAACAAGACGGGGAAUGGCUUCUUGUCAAACCUACGCCCGAUGCUUAUAUCAUCAACGUUGGGGAUAUAAUACAGGUUUGGAGCAACGAUGAGUUUGAGAGUGUGGAACAUAGAGUUGUGGUAAAUCCCAGGACGGAAAGGCUCUCGAUACCUUACUUUCUGUACCCGGCACAUUACACGUGGGUGGAGCCGCUGCCGGAGCUGAUAGAUCGCCGGAAUCCGGCCAAGUUCAGGAAAUAUAACUGGGGAAAGUUUCGAGCUGCUCGGAACCGGAGCAACUUUGAGAAGCUGGAUCAGGACAACCUUCAGAUAUCUCAUUUCAGGAUAUGAAGGCAAGAAGUAUCUAUCCUUUUGGGUGUGCUUGCUAUACAUGUGUUACAUGAAGAUUUUUAUACUGUAUGUUUACCAUCUCCCUUAAAAAGCAUAAGCUAAUAGGAAAAUGCAUUAUUAAUUAUCUUA